AUGUCUCUUGAUUAUAUAACCGAUAAAAUGAGCGAUUAUGCUGAAGUUAAAUCAACUCCGGUAUUAGAAAAUAUCAAAUGGAUUAGAAUAAUGCCCAGUUUUACUUUUUCACUCACAAUUAAAUUAUAUAACAAAAAUGAUUUUACAGAUGAUUUCAGUGAUGGAUUCUUCGGAUACUACAAUCGAGAUGAAAACAACUAUUUUGUUAAAACUGCAGAUGAAAACAAUGUCUACAUGGCAUCAAAAGGUCUCAAUACAUUAUAUAUUGCUCCUAACCAAAAAGUUGUAAUAGCAUUUCCAUACAGUAACAUAAUGUUUGUCCAUUUCUCAAAGAAUGAUUUAUUUUAUGAGAAUGGUGACAAGAUUUCACAUAUGAUCAAAAAUCUUUCAGAUAAUAUAACAAUUAAACCGGAUUCAAGACCAAGACUAAUUGAAUUUUCAUUUAUUCGAUAUUAUGCCGAUUCCAGAUUGAAUGUGUUUCUUUAUAAUUUGCCCUCAAAAUACAUUUAUAUUAAAACAAAUAAGUCUGUAGAUUUGUAUAAUCAAAUGACCAUUCAUUGUGGUACUCUUACAUCAAAAAUGAGUAGAUUUCGAGUUAGGACUAGAGAUUUAUACGACAGUGAGAGAACUAAAGAAUACACAUUUGAUUAUCUUAUUCACGAAAUAAAUCCAUGGAUAUUGAUAGAAAAAUCAAAUGAGGAAAACUUGACUAUAAUCAAAGAAAGAGAUGAUCUUCCGAGAAGUUUAGUAAUAUCUGAUAUUAAUGAAUCAUCUGAUAUAAUUUAUACCACAGAUUUAUUAUAUCAUGUUAAACCAUCCAAAAAUUAUAAUUUUGACCUUGAAGCAAAUCAGCAGGUUUUAGUUAUGCAAGAUUCAUUUGGACUUAACAACAAAUCAAUGUUUGUAUUUCUUACAAAUGAGAAAUUUUAUAAUGAAAAAGGAGAAGAAUUGCCACAAUAUUUUGAAAUGACAACUGAUGCUGUAUUUAUACAAGCUCCAAAUAAAAAAGUAACUCUCUCAUUUAUGAUUCAAAACAUAACAAAUCUUGAAAAUUAUUUAAUAUUUACAUACCCUUCAGAAAAGAACAUUAUGAUUAAUUCAAAGAUAAUUAAUUAUCCUGCAACAAUUUCUAUUUUUAUUCCCAAAGAAGAUGAAACACUAUAUGAUAUUUCAGGACCAAUUUCUGAUAAAAAAUCUAUCACAGAGUAUGACUAUAAAAGAAUUGAAGUCCAUCUAAAAAGAUAUGAUUAUAUCAAAAUUUUGGGAAAGAGUAACACAAAUGACAGAAUGUCACUUUUGAUAACAAACAUCACUAGCGAUAUUUUUGAAGAAGAAAAACCAAAUGGUAUUUAUUUAGUCUAUUAUUCUUCUCUUGGUUACAACAAAAUUGAAAUACCGGAUAACGAAUUAGUCCUCAUCCAUCCUCCGCUUGGUUGUGAAAAAUAUGAUUUAAUACUGUUAUCAUCUAAUUCAUUUGUUGACGAUAAAGGAUUGACAAUCCCAGAGAAAUCAGAAAAUCGUAUGUCAUCAUUCUACGUUAAGGGAAACAGUAAUUCAAGAUCAUUUACCUUUGCAAUAAUAGACAAAAGCUACAUUGACUAUACCUUAUUCAUUUUUAACUUUGACAAAUCGUAUUUCUUUGAUGAGCAAGUAGCAGAAAUCAAUAAGACAUAUUCAAUUACCUACAUUAAUACUGCACCAAACACUCAACCGCAUAUAUUCGACUAUGGUAUUAAAGAUUCUUUUGAAACUUACUCAUAUGAAAAUAAUGGUGUUUCCACGGAGAUUUUUAACUUCACAUUAACUGAAAAAAACUUCUUUAUAAUUCAAUUAAGACAAUCUUUUGAUCGAAGCCGCUAUUCUUCACAUUACUCAAUAUCAAAUAUUAAUAACAACAAAAUCUAUUUAGACGUCACAAAAAUUAAUAUUAAUGCCAAUGCUAAUAUGGAAAAACAAGAAAUAAGACUCAACAAUGAAGCAAAUACACUUAUCCAUUUAAUAGGAGAAACAUGA